AUGAGAAUAAUAGACUGGAUUGUGUGUUGGCUAAUAGGUUUUGCAGCAUCGGGUACCACCACGUCAUGGGCUGCCAAAGAUCCAUUCGAAGAGUAUUAUGUGCGCACCCAAUGCGGGUAUACCAGAUUUCCAAGCCUGUGUGUUGAUACAUUGAAAGGGUUGGGGUUGGGUUCGGGUCAUGGUCAUCAGCACGUUGAUCUUCUGUCUGCCCUCGUUAACAAGACCAUGUUUGAGACCAAACAGAUGCCCAUUUCAAACUUUGCUAAACUCAGCUACCAUUUUAUAUCCCUUGAAGCUCAACAUGUUCGUAUGGCCACAGGGUAUUGUCAUAAGGUCAUGAAGAUGUCACUCAAACGACUCACCCAAGCACUUGAAGCUCUCAAAGAAUCUCCAAGGAAAAAUAAGCAAGACAUUCAGACAUGGAUAAGUGCUGUUUUGACGUUUCAGCAAGCUUGCAAAGAUUCAGCUGAUGCUCAAGCCCACUCUAACGUCUUCAUGAGUCGGAUUUCAGAGAAGAUGACUCAUUUGUCUCAGCUGUCCAGUAAUUUAUUAGCCUUCGUUAACCGAAUUACCGGUGGUACACCAAAAAAUAAUUCCAAUAGCCGCUACCCCGAUGGUAAACAAGUUUUUACCAGCUGGGUGUCGACCGGUGCAGAUCGAAAACUACUUCAGGCCACUACCAUAAAAGCAAAUGCAAUAGUUGCAAAAGAUGGUUCAGGCAAUUAUAAAACAAUCUCGGAAGCCCUACAGGGUGCUUCUGGGGGUGCUCGGUUUGUGAUAUAUGUGAAGUCAGGUGUGUACAAUGAGAAAAUUCACAUAAAUAAAGAUGGAAUCACCUUGAUAGGAGAUGGAAAAUAUUCCACUAUAAUUUCCGGUGAUGAUAGCGUCGCAGGGGGUGCAUCUUUGCAAAGCUCCGCUACAGUUGCAAUUACAGGUGACGGAUUCAUAGCGAGAGAUAUCGGAUUCCAAAACACAGCUGGACCUCAAGGAGAGCAAGCGGUGGCACUUAUUGUCGCUUCAGACCAUUCCGUCCUAUAUAGAUGUAGCAUCGUGGGCUACCAGGAUACACUAUAUGCCCACACGCUCCGUCAAUUCUACAGGGAGUGCGACAUUUAUGGAACUGUUGAUUUCAUCUUCGGAAAUGCUGCAGCUGUUUUCCAAAACUGCAAUCUAGUGCUUCGUAAGCCACACACUUCAAGUGCCUACAACGUAAUCUUGGCAAAUGGAAGGAGUGGCCCAGGACAGAACACUGGAUUCUCCAUUCAGAAUUGCAAGAUCACCACAGCCACAGAUUUUUCUCCAGUCAAACACUCAUACAAUUCCUAUCUUGGGAGGCCUUGGAAAGAGUAUUCGAGAUCAGUUGUAAUGCAAUCGACAAUAGACGAGGCAAUUGCACCGAGAGGUUGGGUGGAAUGGCCGGGGUCUGGGAGUUCCAUUCUGGGGACACUGUAUUUCGCAGAAUACUCUAAUGUUGGGGUGGGUGCUGCAACUGCCAAGAGGGUACAGUGGUCGGGCUUCCAUGUUAUUGGAAAAGAAGAGGCUAUCAAAUAUAGCGUCGGAAGUUUUAUUGCAGGCACAUCUUGGCUACCUUCCACUGGAGUAACUUUUAUAUCUGGUCUUGAGUAA